UCCUGAAUCUGUUCAGCUCCAGCGGAGAAACGCCAAGCCUGCACCGCAGGUGUGGGCGGGGACCUCCAGGGGCCAGCGGGGAAUCUACCCCUCCCUCCCUGAAGCACCUUCCCCCCGCAAAGCCACACUUAGCAGGUGGCCAUGGCCUCACGGCCGACCCGGGAUCCCCCAGUCCCCGACUUAUUUUCCGGACUGCCACCGGUGGCCUCAACUCCGGCCAACCAGAGCGCAGAGGCCUCGGUGGGCAACGGGUCGGUGGCUGGCCCCGGCCCUCAGGCUGUCACGCCAUUCCAGAGUCUGCAGCUGGUGCACCAGCUGAAGGGGCUGAUCGUGCUGCUCUACAGCAUCGUGGUGGUCGUGGGGCUGGUGGGCAACUGCCUGCUGGUGCUGGUGAUCGCGCGGGUGCGCCGGCUGCACAACGUGACCAACUUCCUCAUCGGCAACCUGGCCUUGUCCGACGUGCUCAUGUGCACCGCCUGCGUGCCGCUCACGCUGGCCUACGCCUUCGAGCCACGCGGCUGGGUGUUCGGCGGUGGCCUGUGCCGCCUGGUCUUCUUCCUGCAGCCCGUCACCGUGUACGUGUCGGUGUUCACGCUCACCACCAUCGCGGUGGACCGCUACGUCGUGCUGGUGCACCCGCUGCGCCGCCGCAUCUCGCUGCGCUUCAGCGCCUACGCAGUGCUGGCCAUCUGGGCGCUGUCCGCGGUGCUGGCGCUGCCCGCGGCCUUGCACACCUACCACGUAGAGCUCAAGCAGCACCGCGUGCGCCUCUGCGAGGAGUUCUGGGGGUCCCAGGAGCGCCAGCGCCAACUUUACGCUUGGGGGCUUUUGUUCGGCACCUACCUGCUUCCCCUGCUGGUCAUCCUCCUGUCCUACGUCCGAGUAUCGGUGAAGCUCCGCAACCGCGUGGUGCCGGGCAGCGUGACCCAGAACCAGGCCAACUGGGACCGUGCGCGGCGCCGGCGCACCUUCUGCCUCCUGGUGGUGGUUGUGGUCGUGUUCGCCAUCUGCUGGUUGCCGCUGCACGUCUUCAACCUGCUGCGGGACCUCGACCCCCGCGCCAUCGACCCCUACGCCUUCGGGUUAGUGCAGCUGCUCUGCCACUGGCUCGCCAUGAGCUCGGCUUGCUACAACCCCUUCAUCUACGCCUGGCUGCACGACAGCUUCCGCGAGGAGCUGCGCAAGCUGUUGCUCGCCUGGCCCCGCAAGAUCGCGCCGCAGGGCCAGAACUUGACAGUCAGCGUGGUCAUCUGAUGCCCCGCCGCACGAGGCCUGGGCUGGGGAGCUCCACGUCCCCUGGGUGCCCACCGAGGCUGGCCUGGAGAGCUUGUUCCCAGCGCCAGGGCUAAGCCAGUACAGACAAGACUUCCAGCUCAGCCCGCUUGUCCAGUGGCCUUGCUUUGUCCUUGAAUCUGUGUAAAUGUUAACUGAGCUUUGUCGCAAGUGCAAGUGCUUUGCUUGGAGAAGGCAGGGGAGAGGAAAAUGGAUCUAUAAUUUUCUCGUUAUGUUUUGAAGGCCAGUCAAAGCUCUUUCUCCCGUAUUUCAGCACCGUAGCUGCCUUCCUUGCUUUCCCUUGUGUUUGCUAAAUGGUGAGACGAAAAGGAACAACGGAGGUAGGAUUUAAAGGAGCUGCGUCGGAGUUGGUAACACUUUUCAGGUUGCCUUUUAAAAAGGGUGUAACCGGGUUAUAAUACCUGCUAUUGCUUCGUUAAUUUGAACACAUUUAUUUCUAGAGUUCCAGGGAAAUAGGCAUUACCAAUCUACGUCUAGGGGGUUAGCAUUUCCUGAAUAAGACCUUUCUACAUCCAAGGGGCUUUAAUUUUAAAUCCACUUGCUUUUAUAGUAAAAACACUUACAGACUACCUUUCAAAAGGUCUUGCUACCACUUCCCCCCUCCUUAUGCCCCACUUUUAUUUGAAAAUGUUUAGGUGAAUUAGCCAACAAAGAGACAGGCAUAGAAAUAAAGAGGACAAUGUACCAGUUGUGUGAGGGGACAUGCAGCUGUGCGUAGGACAGACACCCCAUAUGUGUGUGUGUUGGUGUAUAUGCACCCAGUGUUUGCCACAGACGUGGCUCUCAAAUAUUUGCUGUUCUGAGUGCUCGGUGUAAACCGUGUGCCACGGCACUCGCUUGCCUUCUCCAGUUGCUCAGCUGCAGCAGACCCAGAGCUGUCUUCCAACUGCUCAGCAUCCACUCUGUAGUGGCGCUACCUGGAACGUGAUCAACCCAGAAUGCAAGGACUGGGAGACAUGAGCUGUCAGUCGCAGGGGGCACAGGUCUGUGAAUGAGAACAAGUGCCCUGGGGCGGGGGUUUCCACACUGGUGUGGGAGCAGUGACCGGGCAGCGAGGGCAGGUGUCGUAGGAAAUGACACGUGGCACCCCGCCCUCAGAUCAGCGCCCGUGGCAUGCAGGGCGUGAGCUAGCACAUGUGGCCGCUCCGUUACCAUCUGCAAGAUUUCAGCAAGGCCGCAGCUCACCGAACAGCAGAGUCCAAGUUUCCCCAGCUCUCCCUUCUCUCACUCCCAGAAAUAAGCUCCUUCACUCGUUAAGGUGUGCCCUGAAGUGAAGCAAAAGAGGCGGUGAUUUGGGGAGGGGGAGGGCCGAAUCCUAUUACUCCAAUGUCAACAAUCCCGAUGGAAGGGUGAGUGUUUGUGGUUGGGCUCGUUAUCUGUAUGAGACUUCAGUAGUUAUACGUCUGCAGUUUCUGAGGAACGGGAAAAGCCUGGCUUGGGAGAAAGGAAAAGGCAGGUUAACUUGGGACAGGCAGUUACCUUUGGCAGUGGCAAUGAAACUAACUACCAGCUUCCUCUGUGGAUGUGGAGAACAGACCGUGUGCUCUGAUAAUGCAGCCCGCCCACAACACGGU